AUGCAAUUAUCAUGGAAGGAUAUACCCCCAGUUCCAACUUCAAAUGAUAUGUUGGAUAUCAUCCUUAAUAGAACUCAAAGAAAAACUCCAACUGUUAUAAGACCUGGUUUUAAAAUUACAAGAAUUAGAGCUUUUUAUAUGAGAAAAGUUAAAUUUACUGCUGAAGGUUUUACUGAAAAAUUUACUGAAUUAUUAAGUGGUUUCCCAAAUGUAAAUGAUGUUCAUCCUUUUCAUAGAGAUUUAAUGGAUACUUUAUAUGAAAAAAAUCAUUAUAAAGUUUCUUUAGCUGCUAUUUCAAAAGCUAAAACUUUAAUCGAACAAGUUUCAAGAGAUUAUAAUAGAUUAUUAAAAUUUGGUCAAUCUUUAUAUCAGUGUAAACAAUUAAAAAGAGCUGCUUUAGGUAGAAUGGCUACCAUUGUUAAAAAAUUAAAAGAUCCUUUUAUUUAUUUGGAACAAGUUAGACAACAUUUAGGUAGAUUACCACUGAUUGAUCCAAAUACUAGAACUUUAUUAAUUUGUGGUUAUCCAAAUGUUGGUAAAUCCUCAUUUUUAAAAAGUAUUACAAAAGCUGAUGUUGAAGUUCAACCUUAUGCAUUUACAACAAAAUCUUUAUAUGUUGGUCAUUUUGAUUAUAAAUAUUUAAGAUUUCAAGCUAUUGAUACCCCUGGGAUUUUAGAUAGACCUACAGAAGAUAUGAAUAAUAUUGAAAUGCAAUCUAUUUAUGCUAUUGCACAUUUAAGAUCUUGUGUAUUAUAUUUUAUGGAUUUAUCAGAACAAUGUGGUUUUUCAAUCGAAGCUCAAGUUAAAUUAUUUAAUUCUAUAAAACCUUUAUUUGCAAAUAAAUCAGUUAUGGUUGUUUUAAAUAAAUCAGAUAUAAUUAAAAUUGAAGAUUUAGAUAAAGAAAAACAAGAUUUAAUAAACUCAUUAAAAUCACUUCCUGGUUUAGAAAUCAUGAAUACAUCAUGUUAUGAAGAAGAUAAUGUUAUGCAAGUUAGAAAUCAUGCUUGUGAAAAAUUAUUAACUGCAAGAAUUGAACAGAAAUUAAAAGGUACUGCAAGAAUUAAUAAUGUUUUAAAUAAAAUUCAUGUUGCAAAACCACAACAAAGAGAUGAAAUUGAAAGACCAGCUUAUAUACCGGAAGGAGUUAAAGAUUUAGAAAAAUAUGAUAUAAAUGAUCCAAAUAGAAGAAAAUUAGCAAGAGAUAUUGAAUUUGAAAAUGGUGGUGCUGGAGUUUUUAAUAUAAAUUUAAAAGAUAAAUAUUUAUUAGAAGAUGAAGAAUGGAAAAAUGAUGUUAUGCCAGAAGUUUUAAAUGGUAAAAAUGUUUAUGAUUAUUUAGAUCCUGAUAUUUCAGCUAAAUUACAAGCAUUAGAAGAAGAAGAAGAAAGAUUAGAACAAGAAGGAUUUUAUGAUUCAGAUUCAGAUUCAGAAAUUGAAGAUGAACAAGUGGAAGAUAUUAGAGAAAAAGCACAAUGGAUUAGAAAUAAACAAAAAACAAUGAUUAUAGAAGGUAGAAAUAGAAAAUCUUUGAAAAAUAAAGCAUUAAUGCCAAGAGAUCAAAUAAAGAAAUCAUUUGGAGAUAUGGAAGAACAUAUGUAUAAUAUUGGACAUGAUACUAGUAAGUUGAAAAGUACAGUUAAAAAGAGAAAAAGAGAUGAUGAAGAGGGUAAAGAAACACUUAAACAAGAUCAAGGUAUUAAAUUACAAAAAGUAACUAAAAAGAAAGCAGCAAUGAAUCAAUCAGAUAGAUUAAAUCAAGGAUUAAAUGACGGAGCAUUAAAAUCACAAACUGAAAAAUUGGCAAAAAUUCAAAGAAGAGAAAGAAAUAGAAUGGCAAGACAAGGAGAAGGUGAUAGACAUUCUACUGCUGCAUUACCAAAACAUUUAUUCAGUGGUAAAAGAGGUAUUGGAUCAGCAGAUCGUAGGUAA